AGCCAUUUGCAAUUUGCGAUUGAGAUAAAUAUUAAAAAACUAAAGUAGAGAGUAAGGCAUAAAUCUGCGAAGUGUACUGUGUUGUGAUAUACCUGAGUGGAAUUCUGUUUAUCCUCGAUUGAAGGCAUUCAAAUAUGCAACGCAAUUCUGUUUGUUAAUUAACACGAUAAUUUUUAUCUUGAGUGUGCGACGCGACUGAAAAGUGCAUAAAUUGGUACCUACCAUAAAUUCAUUUUUCUGCUGUGAAUAAAUUUGUACCUGCGCAGAAAAAAUCGAUGUUGAUAAAAAAACGAAAGCUCUAAUGUUUAGGUAUUCCCGUAUGUAGAACUAUGUCAGAGAUUAUAAGCGGCAUGGAUAAUGAAAGCUGUAAGAAUAUGGUGUCCAAUUUGCCAUUACUUUUUGCUGGUGGUUAUCCAACAUCAUUGGAAAAAAUAAAUGAAACUCAGCUGGAAAAAUUUAUACCUUUCAUGGUCCAGUGUUCAUUGGGAUACAUCCAGAUUCCCACGUCAGAAGGAUAUAGUGAACCAGAAUGGUGGCCUGGAGAUCUCGAGUUCUUGAUGCCGUUUAGUAGACCCAAGUCGUUUGUCGGGAACUGGCUAGAAAAAAUGCGAGAAUUGGUUGUUAUUUGCUACUCCUUUCAUAAAUGUGUAUUUCUGCUGCGUUUUUGUACGGAUUUGGCUUCCUAUGAACCGGCUACCUUGAGAUUCAUAAACAACUACAAUUCAACAACAUCUCUCUACCAACGUCGUACUAAUAAGUUGCUUGUAACUUUUCGAAAUGAAAACAUGCUGUAUGAUCAAGCACCUCAAAGUUCGAAUCGUAAGUGCCUCUUACCAAAGCAAUCCAACUCUCAGCAAUGUGACCUGCAAGCAGAGCAAAUGGUAGAACCCGCUUUUUUUGAUAUUUACUUAUGUGAUGAUUGUGAUGCUGAACUUUAUUCAUACAAUGCAUAUGUGGAACACGAAAAAAUAUGCCUGACUCCUAAAGUGGAUCAACUAGAAAGCGAUGAUGAUGACGUUAUUUACUGUGGAAGUGAAAUAUUGCCGGCGCCAAUAUUAUCUAACAUCAGAACAACUACAUCUAACACACAAAACAUGUCUUCGUUCCUCCUCAAUUUCAACCUUAUUAGUAAAAUCAAUACAAUGUCUAUGCAAUCAGCCUGUAGCAGUAGUCGUUCAAUCAACCACCAAAAAAUUAAUGCAGUAGACAGUUCCUCUGAGCAACUGCGACACCUGCCUCGACGCACGAGAAAUGUGGUUACGCUAACUAAAUGCACUUCGAUACCGCUAUCAUCACCAUGUGGACAAUUUCUUUUAAAAAGUAUCAAAAGCGUAAUGUCAAAUGACUACAGACGAGAACGCUUGGAACGUUUAGAACGAUUCUGUUUUGCACCACCCUUAAUAAAAGACGGAACAGGUGUAAUAAAUCGUCCCAAGUGGAUGCAUAAAAGUAGAAUAAAACCAAGUGUAACAAUAUCUUACAAGAAAGGUCCUGAUGAGCCACAUGAUACACAUAAUUUUAAGUUUCCUAGGCGUCAAUUUUCUGUACAAUGCAAAAGACGGAAUUUUCUGUUUUACAACAAGCUGUUGCUUAACAAAUGCAGACCAUGUGCGAUAAAAUUGGAAAGACUGACCGCUCAAGAAAUAGAAAAUCGGAAUAUUGAUAUCAGACUGAAAAAUCUCGACAUCACCAAAAGUAAGAUGUCGUAUAUAGAGCAUAAAAGAAAAAAAUGCGAGGUAAAACAUGUGGUUGUGGAUUGCAUUGAUUUGUGUUCGUCAGAAGAAGAAGAAAUAGGAAUGAAGAUUCAUGAUCAGGCUGGUUCUUUUACCUCUGAUGAUUCAACAAACCAAAACGCAACAGAUAUAGGUAGAACUCGCCAAAUAGCCAUGAGAAUUUGCUCACAGGCUACACCCACUGUAGAUGUCUGCUCAAAUUCGUUGCCUUGUUUUCGAAAUGCCGUUGAAGCGAACUCAGUCUUGGCUAUAGGAAAUAACAAGCCUAAUCAUUAUCAGACUAUACAACCAUUAACGCCAACGUUACAUCUGUUUUCCAGUGUUAGCAGUGAAACUCUCAAGAAUACUAGUUCUAUAGCUCAUGUAUCGCACGUGAUAGAUAUUGAAUCUGCGGAUUCCGCUGUCGAGAUGAGCCAUCGUUACCUUAACAACUUGGACAAUUUAACGGAUGUAAAGGAAAAUCGUGUGAGCGAUUGGCUUAAUGAUACAGCUAUUUCCAUAGAAAACACAAUUCAUGAUUCCCAAACCCAUUUACAAUUUGCUUCAACGAUAACAUCUCGAGGGCUCAGUUCAGCAACAUUAAUAAAUACACCAAGUAAGCUAUCACAUAAUAAUGGGUCCAAAUCAUUGCCACCGUUAAUGAAGCUAACAUCCUCUGAAUUAAGAAAAUAAUAAUAAUAAUAAUAAUUAUGUUUGUAGCCAUAAAAUUUCAAUUUUCAUUAGGUUUAUAUUAAUUCAGUUAAAUCUAUAGAUAU